AUGAUACCCAAUGUUGUGGAACAGCCGGGACUUCAACGCCCGUAUAAGAUCUGGUCGUGCAAUAGAGAGGUCCGCAAAUCAGUUGUCGCGCAAUCACUUCUUGAGUUCAAAGUCCGCGGCGCAGAGAAGUUAGGCUACGAUAACGUCUCUUCACUGCGAGUGGUCUUAGAAUCAGAUGGAACUGAAGUGGAAGACGACACUUACUUCCAGACCGCAGAAAAAGAUACCAUAUUUCUAUUGCUCCGAUCAGAUGAGCGUUGGUUACCUCCAGGUGUCGAAGCACUCAAAGCCGCAAUAAACGCAAUCCCAAAGAUAGUAUGCGAUGCCCUGAAGACCCUGGAACUGGUCAACUGUCCGCCCACAUGGAGUAUCAAAGACGAAAAGGGAAACGUAACGGUUGUCCUCAAUUGGGAUCAAAAAGAUCGAUACCGAAAGGUCGGACACUAUGCGGAGCCCUCGUCCUGGAGGGUGGAAGUGCUCACUUCGCAACCAUCUGAUGCUCAAUACUCAUCAACAGCACCCCUCAGCUCAACUGCCAGCACCAGUCGUGCCAAAGUAUCACUCGAUGGUCUCAAACAGAGACCAAUCACUAGAACACUGCCAUUCAGGACAUUGUCCACUGAGGAUGACGACGACGACGAAGACUUUGAACGCAUCGAGCAGUUAAGCCCGUCGGCAGACUUAGAUCACGAUCACUCUCUCUGCGAUUUCCACUGCGCUUCCCUUCAUAGAGGGGGCGGACAUAUAAGCGUUAACAGAUCUGCCGCCACUUCGCCAGUUCAGGACGGAAUCGGUUCAAUACCUCUGUUGAGUGGUAUCUCGUCUUCGGCCGAAAGCAUUGAUGCGAUGAGAAGUACGGGAGCCAUACCUAAGAAGCCGAGUGCAGCCAAAGGUCACGUGAGGUUUAUGGACACCGAACCGACCAGAAUUGAAAUCUCUAACAAUAACUCGGACUCAGAGACUGAGACCACGGAGAGGGAAGACGAACAGCUCUGCGAACGAUAUCUACUACUUGUGGAUCAGUUAUCAUUGGAACAGAAAAGGCAUUUGAAUGUGAAGGACAUCGGAAUUAUAUUAGAGAGAACUGAGCUCUAA